AUGCGCUCGCCCGUAGCGCCGAGAUCUUGUCCUCCCGCGGGUUACGAAGUUCCAAACGACGUUCUGAUUCGCGUCCAUGCUGCGGCGGUCCAAACCGGCGACACCCAAGCUGCGGCCGGAGCGUUCAAGUUGUUGGUCACGACCAAUAAGUCCGGCUCCGGCGUCGUUAUUGCAGUCGGCAGUGGAGUCAAAUCUCUCCGCGUAGGUGAUGCCGUCUAUGGACUCGCCUUCAAGCACGGCCAGCUUUUCCCAGAAAGGGCUGCCCCGGGCUUCGCAUCCGACUUUACCAUCGUAUCAGCUGAGUUUCUGCUGGUCAAGCCGGCGCACCUGAGCUUUGAAGAGGCCGCGGCCCUGGCCGGAUCCGUUCUCACGGCGUACCAAUGUGUGAAGCGCUAUUUUGAGAUCACCGGCCAGCCGCCCGGGAUCAGCACGCUGGAGGGCAAGACCGUAUUCAUCCCCGGGGGGCUGAGCGCGACCGGCUCCGUCUAUACUCAGAUCGUCAAGAACGUCUACGGUGCCAAGUCGGUUGUGUCGACGGUUUCGACCCCAAAGAUAGACCUUGUCCAGCAGUAUUUGCGGGGCAUCGUGGACAAGGUGGUCAACUACCAUACGCAAAACAUUGUGCAAGAAGUUGGGAGAGGAACCGUCGACUUUGUUCUGAACACGCAGUGGGACCUCGUCGGAACCUUUCCGCUUGUGAACCCGCAGACGGGCGCCGUGGUCUCAAUCGCAAGCGUUCCGAGUCCUAGGACGGUCAAACAGGACUUUGUAUCGGGCAACCACGGGAACAGGGAGGAUUUGGAGAGGUCAGGGGAGUGGAUCGCAGCUAGGAAAAUCAGGGCCGUCCUGACGGUGGUAGACAUUGACGAUAUCGAUGCGGUCAGGAAAGCCUGUACUAUGGUUGCGACGGGCAAGGGUGGCAUUAGCAAGUUGGUAAUUCGGUUGGCUUGA